GAUCCGAAACAAAAACACCAAGAGAUCUUCUGGGACUCGCAUCAUGAAUUCAGUCAGGCCCAGCAUCCAUCUUCAUCACCCCAUUCCCAACGGUUGUCAGAGCAGGAAUCAGGCCAGCCAUGGGAUCCGUGCCAGACUGGGGAUCUCAGUCGAUCCACGACGUAAUGAGAGGCCCAAUCGGAGCAUACAUCUCCCCCAAGUUCUCUCAAAUCUCAUCGAUCUCCAUUUAGGCACCUUUCUAAGUAGUGGACCCGACACCAUUGCCCCAUCAUAUCUGCCAGAGGUGGACGUUGAUCAGAUGACACCGACAAUGUCCCCCAAGGAAGAUAUCCCUGUGAAAUGUCACGGGAUCCAUAGUUUAUCCAAUUGGGACCACCUGAUUGACCCGCUGCACCCGUGGAUCCGACGGGAGAUCGUAAAGUAUGGGGAAUUUGCACAAGCCACCUAUGAUGCAUUCGACUUCGAUUCGUUCUCUGAAUACUGUGGGAGCUGUCGUUACAACUCGCAGAGGCUCUUCAAGCAACUGGGCCUCACUAAGCAUGGUUACAAAGUGUCCAAAUACAUUUAUGCCAUGGCCCACAUUGACUUGCCUGGUUGGAUGGAGCGGUCCCACUUGGCACACUCCUGGAGCAACGAUUCCAAUUGGAUGGGCUAUGUAGCAGUCAGCGAUGAUGAUGAGUCACGGAGGAUUGGACGUAGAGACAUUGUCGUGGCAUGGCGUGGGACGGUAGCACCCUUGGAGUGGUAUGAAGACCUUCAAAGGAAGCUUGAGCCCAUUGGGGAUGGUGAUGUGAGGGUGGAACAUGGGUUCUAUAGCAUUUACACAUCCAAGUGUGACUCAACUAGGUACAACAAGUCAAGUGCAUCAGAACAAGUGAUGGGGGAAGUGAGAAAGCUUCUUAACUUGUACAAGGAUAGGGGUGAAGAGGUGGGCCUCACCAUCACUGGCCACAGCCUAGGUGGGGCCCUAGCUCUCCUCAAUGCUCAUGAGGCUGCCUCAUCCCUCCCCGACCUACCGAUCAGUGUCAUUUCGUUCGGGGCUCCACGAGUUGGUAACAAUGCAUUUAGAGAUAGGCUCAAGGAAAUGCAAGUGAAAACAUUGCGGGUCGUGAUUAAGCAAGAUGUGGUCCCAAGAAUGCCUGGGAUCAUUUUCAACGAGCGCCUUGAGAGAUUUGAAGAGAUUACCGGGACACUCGACUGGUUGUACACACAUGUGGGGACUGAAUUGAAGCUGGACACUCGAGUGUCACCUUAUCUAAAGCGCGGACUCAAUAUGCUUGGUGCACACAGCCUAGAGACAUACCUUCAUCUAGUGGAUGGUUUCAGUAGUUCAGCAACUGGCCUCCGUGUGGACGCUAGGCGGGACGUGGCAUUGGUGAAUAAAGCAUGUGGAAUGCUGGUGAAUGAGCUGAGGAUACCGGAGUCCUGGUACCAACAGGCAAACAAGGGGCUUGUGCGUAACUCUUAUGGUAGAUGGCUUCAACCGAAGAGAGAUAUAGAAGACAUACCCUCGCCAUGUAAAGAAGAUUCACCUGUUUUGUACUUAAAUUGCUGAUUAAGAAAACUAAAAUCAAAUUAACAGCUUAAUUGAGCUUUUAACUCGGCAAAUUGGAUUUGUUGAUUGAUUUUAAUUGUUAAUGAGAUUGUUUCAUGAUACAUUGUUCAUACAAGUAUAUAGGUGACUCACAUAACCAUAGGCGCCAGUGCGUGGAUGUGAAUAGCGUACAUGCGCUCGUGGAAUUACUAACAUCAGAUAUGAAAAUGUUUGUCUUUUCA